GUGGCCUACAACCAUGAGCUGGUUUUGCUCCCCUACUGGGUGCAGAUGCAGCCACACUUCUCGGACGGUUGGAAGGACUUUGGAGGUGAGGAUGGCGACCUCACACGCCAUACUGAUCUCUAUCAAGCGAGGCAUAUGCGCGCCUUGUCUGAUUGGUCCUUGGUCUCCACUGCAAGGCUUUGGCUACCCUUGAAUUUCGGCCCACCCUCUCAGCGGCAAGCGAUGCCGCAGAGUGUUGUGGACUUCGCCUUGAGAUACUACACCUUGGAUUUGGCGCCACGACCCUUCCGAAAGAAGGGCUUCAACAACGCCAGGAAAAAGGUAAAGGCACGGGCCAAGCGCUUGCGCUCCAUCUCGGACUUCACGGCCGAGAGCACGGCCUUCAUCGAUGAGGUGCAGUCUCGCAAAGGGAAAGCUGGGAUCCGCGAGGGGGGCCUCCCCGGGAUUGGUGGCUUCCGGACCUUCAAGGAGCUGAGGUUGGUGGGGCACGAGGACCAGGACCAACAGUGGCACGUUUCUGUGGAAACCCCUCUUAGUCUAUUUUGUCGACGGGAACAUCGACGCGUUUCAUGGGGCCUCACUCCAAACGCAAGGGAAGCCCCUCCGUCCCGUGCUUUGCAACAUUGUGAGGCUGCCUUGCAAUCCGAAGGCUCGCCUGUUGCCUUCCAGCUUUGCCUUAGUGUGGCAGGGCUCAACGCUGCUCUUUCGCUGCUGGCCUAUCACCCUGUCUCAAUGCAACCGACAAAGGAUCGGUCAAAGGAGCCCACCGGCGGGGACCACCGGCAGUCGGAAGAGGAGUUGCAGGCCCACUUUGGGCAGAUGAGAAUUACAGCUCGACGAGGGUGCGCGUCAGGUGCGGUGGCCAGCGAGGCUGAGGUUCCGCCGGUGGAGUUUGCGGCACUCUUGGAUGACGUGGAAGAGUAUGUCACAGUGGUAGCUCACUGUGCAGAGCGUUGCCACCUCCUCGAGCGCUUGGCCGUGUCCUUCCGUGAGGUUUACGCGAAGCUUCCCAUCAUCACCACCUGUGAGUGUGCAGAGGAUGCUCUUGGAUGUGAGGAGCCUGUCGCUCGUGCUCAUGAACGCGUGUCGCAAAUGACCGUGGUCUCAGUGCCGUAUGACUUCGGCCUCUCUCGCGGGAAGACCCUGCUCAUCGAGAUGACUGACACCGAGUUUGUCCUCGUCCUGGAUGAUGACUUCACCCAUUCCAUGCACUCCUGUUUGGAAUGCAUGCUGUGGAAGAUGCGGAGCCGUCACUAUGCGCUUUGGAAGCCUUUCGACGUGCUUGGCUUCCCGGUACAGGAGGAUGAAAGGAUCUUUGGAGCCUUUCGGGGCAGGCUUCGAGUCACGAACCAGCAACUCUUCUUGGAACCCAUGGUCGAGGAGGUUCUCCCGGAUGGCUGCGUCCGGGUGGAGAUUUGCCCGAUGGUCUUCUUGGGUCGAACAGCUCGCAUGCGGCGUUUUCACUUCAACAAAGAGUUGCGUGUUGGUGAGCAUGAGCAGUUCUUCUACGCGAAUGCCUACAAUGGAAUCCAGGUCGCUGUGUGCUUUGACUCCUCGUUCCCGCACUUCCGUGUCAAUACGAUGAGUGCUGGCUAUGUAAAGCGGCGUGAAAGGAUGCCUGAGCUGAUGGCGAAUGCCUUUCAGAAGUUGGGCUUUGAGCGGGCCAUGUUCCUCUUCCGCAAGUACGACCAUGGUCGAAUGGCCGAUUACGAUGAACUUUUGGACAAGACGGUGCCGCCUUGGCACAUCGGCCAUGACAGCUGUGGACCCCCGACGACACCUCCGGUGCCCUUUGCACAAGUCUUCGUGGUGGUUCUCAGCAGCGCGGAUGAGCAGGGGAAGCGUUUCCGCAGUGUCUUGAGGAGUUCACAGGCUUGGCUGCCGAAGUUCCUCCACUUGGGCGGCGCCGGAUCAUUACGUUGGAGCUUCGCAGUGUAUCCCUCACAUGACGAGGGGGGCCUAUAUGUGAAUCUAGAUGAGGAGAACGACAAGCACAAGGAUAUGCUCAUCUUGCCACCCUCUGACAGGACCUCAAAAGAGAAGCCUUUGGUUGGCACCACAGACCAACUGCUGCAGGUCUUUGCUCUCUUGCGGGAUUUCCAGUUCCGCUUCCUGACCAUUUCAAGGCAGGACGUCUUCGUGAACUUUGAGCAUUUCAUGGAUCAGUUGCAGAUCAUGGAACCGCCAGCUGGAAAGGUCUUGGGUUCCUGGGCGUCGAUGGGCACUGCCUGGAGGUUGGAUGAUCACUUCUUCGUAUUGCCGCGUGACAUCUUCACCUUGAUCUCAGCACCAGAGGUGAUCUCACGCUUGGCAGUGACUGGGUAUCACCAGGUCUUUGGCGAUCUCUCCGUCUUGUCCGCAGGCAUCAGCUCCUGGAUGCACGCCUAUGCUGUGGAACGAUCACCCUUGCCCAGCACCCUGCGUCAUGGCCCUUUAGUUUGCACAUCGAGGAGCGUGACGCUGCAUCCGGUAAGCCCUGAGGAGCUCGAAGGGCUUUUCAACUUUCCGGGAACGUGUUGAAUAUUAUUGAAUAAAAUACAUUUGAAACC